AUGAUCAACCACUUAGACCAACCUAAGCUACCUAACUUACCUUGGACUACAUUGGCGAAGCUAAGCGCUAACCACUCGUACUCGCAUCCGCACGGACACACGCACACGCAAGGACACCCGCCGCUACUGUUCCGCCCUCGUCUUGACGACCAGAAAGCUGCUGGUCUCGACUUUACCACCACCGACCUUCAUCGUCUUGACGCCGCCGCCGCCCUCUCGUUGACCAGCAGCGAUGCCGCCACCGACCUCUCGUCGCCACCCGCCCCUCCCGUAUCGUAUCGUCUCUGCCGCCGCCACCCCUCUCGUCUCGACACCCCACCCGCCCCUCCCAUCUCUACACCGCCACCCACCCCUCGUGCCGCUGCCUCUGCUCUCUGUUGUCGUCCGCUCCUCGCCGCGCUCUUUCCUUUGUUCGCUGCAGCCGCCCUCUCACCUCUUGCAGUAGUCUUCGCUACUUCACUUGCCCGUAGUCUACGUUAUUUAGUCCACACAAUUUAA